CUCCAGCUAUUAUUCUUCAUGCAUUCUGUUGCAUACGUCGCCACAUCAACAUCGCCAAUAAAAUUGUCAAUCCAGCGCAGUCAUGCCUGUCUUCCACGUCGUCCUCUUUCGCUUGAAGCCCGGUGUUGCACCUGCUGAGCUCGAGGCUUGGGCCCUAUUAGGUAAAGGCAUGGUUGGCAAGAUUCCAGGACUGCUGGAGUUUCAUGCCAAUCCCCCAUUGGCGAUGACCGCAUCCCGCGCAAAGGGCUACGAUAUGGGCUUGGUGGCUAUCCUGGAGAAGCCGUCCGAUUUGCAGGUCUAUGCAACCCACCCAGCUCACCUUGAACUGCAUGAAAUGCGCGAGCAAUUAUGUGAGGAUACUUUGGCAUACGAUCUGGAGUACUAGACUUAUCUCCUAGUGGGGCCGGCUCAGAAGUCGGUGUGUUCUGAGUGUUCUGCACGCCGGGGCUAUUUGUUGGGACUGUAAUGAGCUUAUCAACAUCUUUUGCUUACCUACUAGCAAAAGGUCUAGUGUUUUGCACCUUUUAUGUGUAUUUCUUUAUUAAUCUCGGAAUGCGGAUGGAUACAUCACGCUUCUGGGACGUAGGGACGGAUGCGGUAAUGGGGUGAACAAUACCGCAGGAAGCUGGCAUAGAAUUUCUCCAUAUGUCCUAGAAGGUCCACAUCCUCCAUACAACUGUGUCCACAAUAGCUAUAAUACGCGUCUUCAAUGGUGCG